UUAAGCAAUGGGCCAUUGAGUAGGAAUCUGAUGCCCUGUAAAAAAGCCUUCAAACAACAAAAAACCCUCAGAACAGAACCUCUUGAUGUGACAAAAUAAGAAGAAAAAAGGAGAAGAAGAGGAAGAAUAGAGAUUAGAGAAGGUUGGGUUGUGUGGUGAUGGCAAAAGUUGUAGCAGAGGAGACAACCAUAAUGGGGCAGAAGGGCACAGCAAGGGAGGUCAAAGAUAAAGAAGAAGCUCACCCAUAUGCAUUCCACGUUUCUGGACCUCGUAAUGUGGCUUCUCCGAAUUGGAGAGAUCUUAUUAACUCUAGUUGGAAGGAUCCAAAUCACAAAAGAACUGUAAUUGCCUGCUUCAUACAAGCAGUUUACUUGCUUGAACUUGAUAGGCAAGAGAACAGAACAGAAGCAAGUGCUCUGGCUCCAAAAUGGUGGAUACCUUUUAGGUACAAGUUGGUCCAAACAUUAGUUGAUGAAAGAGAUGGAUCUAUAUAUGGUGCAAUACUAGAAUGGGAUCGAGCUGCAGCAAUGGCAGAUUUGGUACUUAUUAGACCCAGUGGAGCACCAAAAGCUGUUUUAGCACUCCGAGGAACAUUGCUCAAAAGCUCAACCAUAAGAAGGGAUGUCGAAGAUGACCUCCGUUUUUUUGCUUGGGAAAGCUUGAAGGGUUCUGUCAGAUUUAGGGGUGCUCUGGAAUCCUUAAGGUCCCUUGCUGCUAGAUAUGGAAGCAACAAUGUAUGCGUAGCAGGUCAUUCACUUGGGGCUGGCUUUGCCCUGCAAGUGGGAAAAGCAUUAGCCAAGGAAGGAUUAUAUGUUGACACCCAUUUGUUUAACCCACCUUCUGUUUCACUGGCAAUGAGUUUUAGAAACAUGGGAGAAAAGGCAGCAUUUGCUUGGAACAGAGUUAAAUCAAUGCUUCCUUCAAGUGCAGAAAGUCAGGCCAUCAUUGAUGAGGGAGAGAAGACGAAUCCUGUGGGAUUAAAGAAUUGGGUACAUUAUUUCUAUGGAGAUAAAACUUCUGCUGAAUUAAAUAAAUGGGUACCUCAUUUGUAUGUGAACAAUAGUGAUUAUAUCUGUUGUUCUUACACUGAUCCUGAAGGCACAGCCGAAAAUGAUGCUAACAAGGAGAAUGUGAGUUUGACAAAUGGGAAUGCUGCAGCAAAGCUGUUUGUUAUGUCAAAGGGAAAACAGAAGUUUCUUGAGGCUCACGGGAUAGAGCAAUGGUGGUCUGAUAAUUUGGACCUUCAAAUGUCUCUCCACAACAGCAAACUGAUAAGCAGGCAGCUGAGAUCCUUGUAUAGCCUCCCUCCUCAGCAAAAGACACCAGUAAAGCCAAAAUAACAGAAGGGAAUUGAUUCUGUUAUUGGAUAAAUAACUCAUUUUCAGUGACAAUUCUUCCAACUAUCAAUUUUGGUGCUUAUAAUUUGUAAUAAUUUUUUGAUGGAACUGGCUUUUUCACGUUGUUGAUUCUGUUGACAAAUCAGCAAGUUCAUUUACUAUCUUUAACUUGAUUACAAAGUCAUACUUUUAUCUUCUACAA